AUGGCCUCAAAUUUUCUCAGAUUAGUUCAAUUUUUCCUCUUACUUGCAAUAGUCACUGCAAUUGAUCCAGACAUAACCACAGACUUUGUUGUUCCGACGAACUAUAUCGAUAACGACGCCGUUGAUGGAAAUUUCUUUACUUUCACCGGCCUGCGCAAUGUAAUUAACUCUGACUACACACAAAAAUUUACAGUGACAAAAGCUAGCCAGGCCAACUUUCCAGCCCUAAAUAGUCAAAGUGUUUCUUAUGCUUUUUUACAAUUUCCAGCGGGAGCUAUUAACCCACCUCACACACAUCCGCGUUCAGCUGAACUACUCUUGGUAUUAAAAGGGUGGUUGAAUGUUGGAUUUACUGACACCAAUAACAAACUUUACAAACAAACUCUGAGACCGGGAGACAUGUUUGUGUUUCCAAAGGGAUUGGUGCAUUAUCAGUCUAACGAUGAUCCAAAACAGCCUUCUGUCGCUAUUUCUGCCUUUGGGAGUGCUAAUGCAGGCACGGUUUCAAUUCCUCUCAAUGUGUUUACGAGUGGCAUUGAUGAUAACAUUCUUACUAGGACGUUCAAAAUUGAUGUUACAACUAUCCAGAAGCUCGAGGCAGGUCUUACACUCUAG